CAGGAUAUAGAGCCGCCGUGACCAUGGCCGGGCAGCCGGAAGAUCCUUCCCUUGAGAGACACUUUAAAGGCCACAGAGAUACAGUUACUACCGUGGACUUCAAUCCCAACACUAAGCAACUGGCAAGUGGCUCCAUGGAUUCCUGUUUGAUGAUAUGGAACAUGAAACCCCAAAUGAGAGCCUAUCGAUUUGUGGGGCAUAAAGAUGCAAUACUGUCAGUGGAUUUCUCUCCUUCAGGUCACCUUAUUGCGUCUGCAUCCAGAGAUAAAACAGUUCGUUUAUGGGUCCCAAGUGUGAAAGGAGAAUCCACAGUAUUCAAAGCCCACACCGGCACCGUACGAAGUGUAAGCUUCUCUGGGGAUGGGCAGUCAUUAGUUACUGCAUCAGAUGACAAGACUAUAAAAGUAUGGACUGUUCAUAGGCAAAAAUUUCUCUUUUCCCUGAAUCAACACAUCAACUGGGUGCGCUGUGCCAAGUUUUCACCUGACGGAAGGCUUAUAGUGUCUGCUAGCGAUGACAAAACUAUAAAAUUAUGGGACAAAACCAGCAGGGAGUGCAUACAUUCAUUCUGUGAACAUGGAGGUUUUGUGAACUUUGUUGAUUUCCACCCAAGUGGUACCUGCAUAGCUGCAGCAGCAACAGACAACACAGUGAAGGUGUGGGAUAUCCGCAUGAAUAAACUGAUCCAACAUUACCAGGUUCACAGUGGCGUAGUGAAUUCUCUUUCAUUUCAUCCAUCUGGCAAUUACCUGAUCACUGCUUCAAACGACUCCACUCUGAAAGUUCUUGAUUUAUUGGAAGGAAGAUUACUUUACACCCUUCAUGGACAUCAGGGACCAGUUACCUCCGUGAAGUUCUCUAGAGAAGGAGAAUUUUUUGCCUCUGGUGGCUCCGAUGAGCAAGUAAUGGUUUGGAAAACAAACUUUGAUUCUGCCAGCUACGCAGACCUCUUGAAAUACAGGCAACACGAUCAGUUCCUCAAUGGGGGAGAUUACACAUCAGGUGUCCCAGCUGCAGACAGACAUCGGCCGGAGAGGAAUGCACAGACAGAUCAGGCAGAUGACCUAGAGCCUCGUCACAUUCAGAUGUCUGCGAAGGAUAGAAGUUCUCCUCUUAGUUAUACAUCUCGUUCUAUUGAUCAGCAUCAUCCGCAGGCGGAGGAUGGAAAUCUUCGAACUGUUGCAAGCACAUUGGAGCACAUUGUUGGGCAAUUAGACAUUCUUACACGAACCGUGGGGAUUUUAGAGCAAAGGCUUUCUCUAACAGAAGACAAAUUGAAGGAAUGCAUUGACAACCAGCAGGCAACUGUUUCACUCAGUCACAGUGCUACAAAAACACCAUCAUUUUAAUCAAUGCUUUGCUUUUUAUUCAGGUUUUGACUUGUUGUGGAAUAUAUAUUUUUAUUGUAAAUAUUUUAAUGUAUUGUUUUUAAUAAAAUGUUUUUGAAUAAA